AUGCAAGCUGCAAUGGACGAAGCUAGGAAGUCCAUCUACACACCGACCGCCUUUUGCGUCGGCUGUGUGCUUGUACAAGGUGACAAGAUCGUGGCAACAGGCUACUCCAGAGAACUCGAGGGCAAUACGCACGCCGAGCAAUGUGCGCUGAUGAAGCUACCAGCUGAUGCAAAAGAUCUUGACUGCUAUACAACCAUGGAACCGUGCUCAGAACGGCUCUCUGGCAAUCUGCCGUGCGUAGACCGCCUGAUUGCCUCGGGCAGAAUCAAGCGUGUCUUGCAGGGCGUCGCUGAGCCGGCUGACUUUGUGGCCUGCACUGGUAGUACGCGGCUUAGGGAUGCCGGUAUUGAAGUGAUUCACAUCCCUGGCUAUGAAGAAGAGGCCCUGGCGAUAGCACGAGGGGAAGCCAAGUAA